UCACCGGCAGUCUCCGGAGAGAGCCGACGGGCUCCGAGCGGCGGCGCCGAGGCGCAGUCAUGGCGGCCGCCUGCGCCGCGGCCGCGGGGAAGAGCGAGGAUCCGGCGCCGGAGGCAGCGGCGCUGGCCGCCGCCCGGGAGCGGAGCAGCCGCUUCUUGAGCGGCCUGGAGCUGGUGAAGCAGGGCGCCGAGGCGCGCGUGUUCCGCGGCCGCUUCCAGGGCCGCGCGGCCGUGGUGAAGCACCGCUUCCCCAAGGGCUACCGGCACCCGGCGCUGGAAGCGCGGCUCGGCCGGCGGCGGACGGUGCAGGAGGCCCGGGCGCUGCUCCGCUGCCGCCGCGCAGGGAUAUCCGCCCCCGUUGUCUUUUUCGUAGACUAUGCCUCCAACUGCUUAUACAUGGAAGAGAUUGAAGGUUCAGUGACUGUUCGAGAUUAUAUUCAAUCCACUAUGGAGACCGAAAAAACUCCCCAAAGUCUCCUCGGCUUAGCCAAGACGGUUGGGCAGGUUUUGGCUCGAAUGCACGAUGAAGACCUCAUUCAUGGUGAUCUUACCACCUCGAACAUGCUGCUGAAACCCCCCGUGGGACAGCUGAACAUCGUGCUCAUAGACUUUGGGCUGAGUUUCAUUUCUGCACUUCCAGAAGAUAAAGGAGUCGACCUCUACGUGCUGGAGAAAGCCUUCCUCAGUACCCACCCCAAUACCGAGGCUGUGUUCGAAGCCUUUCUGAAGAGCUACUCCACCUUCUCCAAAAAGUCCAGGCCGGUGCUAAAAAAGUUAGAUGAAGUGCGCCUGAGAGGAAGAAAGAGGUCCAUGGUCGGGUAGAAGAGUCUGACAAGUACUGACGUGCUGGCCAUUUGCGUCAAAGGGAAUUUGAAGGAAGGCUCCGAGUAUGAGAUUAGACCUAAAUAAAGGCAUUGAGAUCCUUUUGAGUGCUGUCUGUGAUCAUGCUUGUUCAGUGUCAUUAUCGUCUGCGGUCGGCUGUUCUCAACAGCUUACUGUGGACAGAAGACAAGUUCUAGGCAGAAUUGGGUAUUUAAAAGAAAUCUAGAACGGGCUUCCUCUUCGGCCAGGCCGCGUAUAUGUCAGGUACCUGGGUAGUGGCAUUGCAGAAUGUUGAACCACGUGAUGAGAACGUUACUCUUCAGUCUUUUGGGUGAUGUGGGGACAGAGUCUCAGUUGGUGACAGAUAUCUUUAUCAACCCACUAACCCAGCAGUUUUUUUGUCGUGUAUAUGACAUAUUCCCUCUGAAACCAAUAUAAUGGGAUACAGCCAGCAUUUUAAAAAUGAACUAGAGGGGCGCCUGGGUGGCUCAGUUGGUUGAGCGUCCAACUUCAGCUCAGGUCAUGAUCCCGCGGUUCAUGAGUUCGAGCCCCGUGUCGGGCUCUGUGCUGACCGGUCAGAGCCUGGAGCCUGCUUCCAGUUCUGUGUCUCCCUCUCUCUCUGCGCCUUGUCUGCGCGCGCUGUCUCUCUCUCUCAAAAAUAAAUCAAUGUAAAAAAUAAAAAUGAAGUAGAAUCAUAGAAUAGAAAA